AUGUGGCUCUUUCGAGUCUUCUCGUCGGCCGUGUUCCUCGUCGUCACGGUCUCUUCUAUCCCUCUGGCCUUUGACGUGGGCGGAAAGACAUGUGGUCUGGCCUUCUCCCUAUCUCUCGCGACCUUCUACUUCCUCUUCUCGAUAUUGCGCCUCAUCACUCCUGAACGCUCAUGGUUCCGUUCCUCACUCGUCGCCGUCAUUCGCUCUACACAAUGGAUCCUGAUUCCAAUCUUGUUGAUUUGGUCCCUGAAUCGCUUUUCGGUCGACCCGGAGAAUAGCAGCGGGUGGGUGGAGCGCACCUUCAGCGGGAACCGAGCGCAAGAUAGCUCCAUUCACGAAUGGCUCUUCGGUCGGGAUGGCUUGGUUGAAACUGUCACCCUGGGUAACUGGGAUCGACUCCUGCGAUGGUCUACCCCUGUAUUCCAACUUGCAGAGGGCUUCUGCAGCCUUUUGGUUAUUCAAGCCGCCGGUCAAAUCACCCGGUGGCUCGUGAACCGAGGCGGGCGCAGUGACAGCUGGAUGAUUGGACUCCUCGUCUUAUCGGCUACGGUCAUCUCAAGCUCCGUCUACUUCCUUUGGCGCGUUCUCCAGUUCCCGGAGAUUUCCAACGUCGAUGCGGCCCUAAUCGGUGUCUCUGUCACUUGCGCAGUCAUUUUGUGCGCCUGGGGAAUCGGUAGUGGGCGUGGAAACCCGGUCGAAAGCUCCCUGCUGUUCGCCUAUAUUGUCCUCUGCAUCUACCAGAUAUUUACCGACUACCAACCAUCGUACCCGGUCGAACAGAUUCCAUCUCCCACUCAGGCAGGUGACUUCCCUCCGCUUCCACCAAUCUUCAUGGCAUCGUAUACCACUCUCAUGCAUGCCUUGUCUCUCUUGCCCUCGAUCAUCCACGCUGCCUUCAAUGUGAUCACGGCCGUUUUCAGUGCGGUGACACCGUCGGUUUUGAUCUCUCUCGCCUACCGCCUCUCGGUUCUAUAUGCAUCAACCCGUAUCAUCCCAGCAGUGCGUGAAUCCGGAGCCCGCGCGCUCUCUCAGGAGGCUUCUCUUGAAGAUGCCGAUGCCGCAGGCCAAGUCCUGGCACUCCUAAGCUACUUCUCACCGUCGAUCCUCAUCGCUGUUUACACCAGUCUUUUGAUGCAGCAUUUCUCGUCUACUUCACAAGCAAUGGGAGGCGUCGGCGUAUGGUGGAGCACUCAGGCCGCGGGCGGAAACAACCUCUGGCGGUGGAUCAACCUAGCCUGCACUACAGCAUUAUAUGCAGUUGAGCUUUGGCUCGGAGAACAUAACGACCUUGACAAUGGACUUACUGGCCAUUGGAAAACCGACUGA